AUGUCGAAAUCAUUUUUAUCAGAAAAUGAUUCUUCAUCUAUUAAUGAAAGAGAUCAUUCAUGGAAAUCUUAUACGAAAACAUAUUUUAAUAAUAGUAAACAAUUAAAUAGUUCAAAAUCCAAUAUAUCUAUAAAUAAGAGUUUAUCAGAAAAUUAUUGUAAAAAUUUACCAGAUGCAAUGCCAAUAAGUAUGAAUCAAAUUUUACAAGCACAAAAUACAAAUGCACCUUGGUUAUUUAAUAUAUUGAAAAAAAAAUUUCAUCGUUCUCGAAAAUAUAAAAAAGAUCGAAUAGUAUCAUAUGAAACAGAUUCAAAUAAGACAAUAACAAAUACUUCGAAUUUAUUAGCAGAAGAAUUAUUAGAACAACCUAUCAGUUGUAAUGGAACAAGUGGAAUAUGGAUUGUUAGUGAAAAAGAUAUUACAUUUCCAUUAAUUAAGGAUUUUGAAAUAUCUACUACUGGUCAAUAUAAUAUAUCUCGUGCUAUGUCAUCAUCAACUUCAGCUCUUCCACUUUCUACAGAUGAUUCUCUUCAUAUUCGUCAUUAUCAAUAUGACUUUCAAACAUUAGAUACACCAAUUACUUCAUCACCUUCAUUUUUAAUUAAUUAUCAAUCACAUACAUCAUCAAAUAUUAUUGAAGAAAUUGAACAAAAAAUCUCAAAUAAUGAUGAUGAUACUUCUACAGAUUUUACAUCAAUUGCAUCGAUGAUCAAAACGUAUUAUACAACUAGUCGACAACAGAUAGAAUCACAUAAUAUUCCAGCAAUAGAAAUGCUUGCUUCUUCUCCUCCAUUAUCAUCAACAUUUGAACCAAUUAUCGAAGAUCAUCAUUUGGCUUCUGGCAAUUCAAUAAUACAAACAACAUCAAAACGAGCUAAAUCGACAUCAGCCGCACGAAGUCGUCGUACUCGUAGUUCAACUUCAACAACGAGAGGAAAAAAACGUUCAGAAUCAACAAAGAAAAAGAAAAGCAAAUAUUAUCAAGAGCAUUUAUUAACUUCUGAAGAAAUUGAAUUACGAGAAGCAUUACGUAUUAUUGAUUUGGAUAAUAUUGGAUUUUUUCCGCCAAGUGAAUUUCGAAAAGUUUUAAAAGAAAUUGGUAUUAAUUCUAAUGAUAUUCAAAAAAUUGAACGAUGUUUACCACUUGAUGAAGAUGGACAUUAUUCCAUAGAUAAUCUUAUUAAACUAUUUUUAGGUACAAAAUAA